UCUCCAUACUAUAAAAAAGAAACAAAUGGCAACAAAAAAGACGUAAAAAAUCUAGAACUAUCUCUCGGUUUUGGUAAUCAUGAUUCAAACAAUGUAGCAAAGAUCAACAGCAUGAUGGCUUCAUCCAACUAAUGGAGAAUGUGUUUUUAUAAAGGAGUUUUUACAAUGAGCCACUCUGAGGAGAGAGAAGAGGCCUGCAGCUUCUCAAAUGAGGAUCCGUUUGAGGAAAAUGACAAUGAGCUCAAAGCUCCCAGGUCUGAGCUGGAAAACCAGAGAUUUACAGAUUUUCCUCUUGGUUUCCAAAGGGCUGAUCAGGGGAACAGCCCUUCACCAAGCGUUUUAUCCGUAAAAUGUGGGAGAUCCAUGGAUUACCCUGCUAAAUUCAAAAAGAAUGAGACGAGAAGGUUUUCCAUGCCAAUAACUUUGUCCUUGCAAAGUGAUGAAUUUGAAAAUGUUCCUGUCGGUUCUAAACGACGUUCAUUGUCAGAAAGGGACCAGCAAACAUCAGAGGGAUCCACCAUUCAAACAAACCUGGAUACAAUAUUUAUGACCCUUGAGAAGGACACUAUUAAGUUUAUGAAGAAUGAGCUAAAGAAGAUUCAUGGGAUUUUAGACAGAGGGGGAUUACAAAACCAAGAAGAAGAGACGCCACAUGAGCAGGAGAAGAAGAGAAGCAAACAAGCUAUCCUGAACAUCUCUCUGCAUUUUCUGAGGACAAUGAAUCAAGGGGAGCUUGUUGAUGAACUACUAAACAGUGACUUCAUGAUGAGCCAAUCUGAGGACAGUGAUGAGACACAACUGUCCUCGAAUGAUAGACUGUCUGAAGAACAUCAGACUGGAUCUAGGAGAUCUGCUCCUGACACACCUUAUAAUGAUUCCCCAAGCUGUGUGUCGAUAAAGAGUGACAAAUCUAUGGAUUACCCAUUGAAAUUCAAACAAUCUGCACCUGACACAGUUUAUAGUCCUUCCCCAAGCUGUGUGUCCAUGAAGAGUGACAAAUCCAUGGAUUACCCACUGAAGUUCAAACAAUCUGCACCUGACCCAGUUCAUAAUCCUUCCCCAAGCUGUGUGUCCAUGAAGAGUGACAAAUCCAUGGAUUACCCACUGAAGUUCACACAAUCUGCACCUGACACAGUUCAUAAUCCUUCCCCAAGCUGUGUGUCCAUGAAGAGUGACAAAUCCAUGGAUUACCCACUGAAGUUCACACAGAGUGAGCAGAAAACUGUGGUGGUCCAACGUGACAAAUGUGUGGAUUAUCCUGUUGGUUUGAAACGGGCUUUGGUGAAAACAAGAAGCUGUCCUGUAGAUUAUCCUACUGAUGCCAAACAGAGUUAUUCCCACCACUGCCGAGCUCACAAGAGGCCAAAUCUGGACUCAGUAUUUCAGAUUCUUGAGGAAAUCAUUGUUGCUUUCGUGAAGACUGAGCUAAGGAAUCUUUAUCGGCUGUUGAAUCCAGAACACUUUCAAACCUCCAAUAAGAAAGAUCAGAUGAUUAAUUGUGACGAUGAAGAAAAAUGGAGCAUCAAAGAAGCUUUUGUCCACUUAACGCUGGAGUUUCUGAAGGGAAUGAAGCAACAGAAGAUUGCUGAGUUGCUGCACAACAAAUGCCUUAUGGCCAAGUGUCACUGCAAACUCAAAUCUAAUUUAAGGAGGAAGUUGGCAUACAUAUCUGAAGGAAUCGCCAAAGAAAGAAAUCCAACUCUUCUAAAUAAAAUCUACACCGAGCUCUACGUCACUGAGGGAAAGCCUUCAGAAGUCAGCUGUAAGCAUGAAAUAAAACUGAUUGAAAGAGCUCACUCAAAGCCAGAAAAACCAGAAAAACCAAUCACUUGUGAAGACAUGUUUAAGCCCAUUACUGGAAGUGAUAAACCAAUCAGAACAGUGAUGACAGAGGGAGUGGCCGGCAUUGGGAAAACAGUCUUGACACAGAAGUUUGCACUGGACUGGGCAGAAAGCAAAAUUUACCAGCACAUCCAGUUCAUGUUUUUGGUUCAUUUUAGGGAUCUGAACAUCCUGAAGAUGAAAAAAAUAAGUUUGGUUGAACUUAUUCAUCUCUUCUUUCCUGAAACCAAAGAAGCAGAAAUCUGCAACUUUGAAAAGUUUCAGGUUUUAUUCAUCUUUGAUGGUCUGGAUGAGUGUCGGCUUCCUCUGAACUUGAAGACUAACGACAAUCUGACAGAUGCUACACAACACACAUCAUUAGAUGUUAUACUAACAAACCUUAUCAAGGGGAGGUUGCUUCCUUCAGCUCAAGUCUGGAUCACAACUCGACCUGCAGCGGCCCAUCAGAUCCCUCCUGAGUUUGUUGACCUGGUGACUGAAGUCAGAGGAUUCAAUGACCCUCAGAAGGAGGAGUACUUCAGAAAGAGAUUCACAGAGGAAGAGGAAAGCAGAAGGAUAAUUUCUCACCUCAAAUCAUCAAGAAGUCUCCACAUUAUGUGCCACAUCCCUGUCUUCUGCUGGAUCUCAGCAACAGUUCUGGAAGAUGCCUUUAAAACGAAAACCAAAGGAGAGCUGCCCACUUCCCUAACAGAGAUGUAUGUCUACUUCCUGGUGGUUCUGUCCAAGGUGAAAAAUGUGAAGUAUGAUGAAGUAGCUGAAGCAAAUCCCCUCUGGACUCCACAGACCAGGGACAUGAUUCAGUCAUUGGGGAAACUGGCCUUUGAGCAGUUAAUGAAAGGCAACCUGUUCUUCUAUGAAUCUGACCUGAUGGAGUGUGGCAUUGAUGUCAGCGUAGCAUCAGUGUAUUCAGGGGUGUUCACAGAGAUUUUUAAAGAGGAAAGGGGGGUAUUUCAAGAUAAAGUGUUUUGUUUUGUCCAUCUGAGCAUUCAGGAGUUUCUAGCCGCUCUUCAUGUCUAUCUGACAUUCACCAACACUGGAGUCAAUCUGCUGUCAGAAGAGAAAUCUACAAACAUGAAGUCCCAAAUGUCCAGAGAGACAUUGGAUCUCUUCUACCAGAGUGCUGUAGACAAAGCUUUAAAGACCCCAAAGGGACAUCUGAAUCUGUUUCUCCGUUUCCUGUUGGGUCUUUCUCUAGAAACCAAUCAGACACUUCUCAGAGGUCUUGUAAUAGACACAACAGCAGGAAGUGGUUCCAAUCAAAAUACCAUUCAGUACAUCAAGGAGAAGAUUGCAGAAAUCAUGUGUCUGUCUAAGAAAGCCAAUUUAUUUCAGUGCCUGAACGAGCUGAAGGACUAUUGUCUUGUAGACGAGAUUCAGCAAACUCUGAGAUCAUCAAAACUGAAAACAGAAAAUCUUUCUCCUGCUCAGUUGACAAUUCUAGUCAACAUCAUGUUGUCUUCGGAGGAGAAUCUGGAACUGUUUGACCUGAGGAAAUAUCCAGUUUCACAGAAUGUUCAGUUGGCUCUUUUGCCUUUGUUCAUACAUUCUACCAAAGCUGUGCUCAGCUACCUUGCUCUGACAGAGAUGAGCUACACUCUUCUGGUCUCUGGCCUCCAGUCUCCAUGUGGUACACUGAAGGAUUUGGACCUCAGUAACAAUGACCUGCAGGAUUCAGGCAUGAAGUUGCUCUGUGAAGGACUUUGCGAUUCAAAUUGCAAACUGGAAACUCUGAGUUUGUCAGGCUGUCUAAUCACCAAAGAGGGCUGUGCAGUUCUGGAAUCGGCUCUGAAGUCCAACCCCUCUCACCUCACAGAGUUGGAUCUGAGCUACAAUCAUCCAGAAGAAUCUGGAGUGAAGCUCCUUUCUGCAGGACUGAAGGACCCAAACUGGGCAUUGCAGACUCUUAAAACGGAACCAGCUGGAGCUCAGUUUUUAAACCCUGGUCUGAACAAAUAUGCCUAUGAACUCAUAAUGGAUCCUAGCAGUGCUCACAGAAACCUUCAACUCUCUGACAACAACAGAAAAGUGGCAAUGGGAGGAAAGAAGCAGCUUCAUCCUGAUGAUCCAGAGAGGUCUGACGUUUUGGAACAGCUGCUGUGUAAAGAUGGUCUUACUGGUCGCUGUUACUGGGAGGUUGAGUGGAGAGGAAGAGUUUCCAUCGGAGUGACGUAUAAAGGAGAAAGUGAUGACUGUGGUGUUGGAAUGAACAAGCAGUCCUGGACUUUGUUGUGCUCUGAUGAUGGUCUAUCGGUCCAACACGGAAACAAAAUAACACCCAUCCAUGGAGACCCUUCAAACAGACUGGGACUAUAUCUGGACUGGCCCGGGGGGAUUGUGUCCUUUUUUGGGGUCUCUUUGGGUAAAAGUACCUACCUUCACUCCUUUACUACUAAAUUCACAGAGCCAGUUUACCCUGCUUUUGGGAUUUCCACUGAAUCAUCUCUGUCUUUGUGUUAGAUGUAGUACUACAAUCGAGGUAAUCAGAAGAUAUAAUCCUUAAGUAUAUCUGUCAGAGGUUCGGUAGCCUGGUUUAUUAAACUGCAAACAUCUUCAUCUCUAUCUUAAUCCAAAUUCUACUUUGGAUGUACAUACAGAAUGUACGCCACACAAAAUCUUUUUUUUUCUUGAUAAUUGAAUCUGUUAGCAUCUAUUAAGCAUUUUACAGGUUAAUUAUUUGUUAAAUUGUAAAUAUUAUUAAUGAACCAAAACUAUGCUAAAUACAGAUGUUAGAUGAGCUAUUAUUUAUUAUUAUUAUUUUGUAUUCCUCCUAGCCAUGUCAGUGUCCUGCUGUGAUUAAAGAGAAGAAACUGCUGGGCUGAUUGACUGAGCAGUGGAACAACUUUCCUGCCACAAAAUAACAUCUAUAUUUAAAAUUAGUUUGAAGUCAACCAGGAGAAUGUUUCUGUUGUUUUUAUAUUGUUUCUGUAUUCUGAUACUAAACCAGUUUUAGAAUUUGCUGAUACUAAACUAUUACAAAACCGUUAAUUCUAGUAAACAUGGUAUUGUUUCAUACGAAUUUACAGCAACCAAUCAAACAAUGCAUCAGUAUCCUUUGAAGCUAUAACUUUGUGUUUCAGCAUUGCUCUAACAUUUAAAUUGUGUUUUGGUUUGUAACCUGCUGUUAUGCAAACAGCAGGGAUUUUGGACAACAUAAAUAUCUGCUGCAGGUUUAAUUUAUGUAUGUUUGUUAAUAAGAUCCUCUCAUUGGCAUCAUGGAGUGAGUUUCCUCUGACCUGCUACCCCCGAAUUUUAAACUGAUGAUAGAUUAAUUUUUUUAUUUUUGAAGUUUACUUUGCUAAGUGACUUUUCAUAUUUUGGUU